CAACCGCCUGACACACUCCAGGGCUUGAGCAGACACAAGCAAAAUUGAUGGAUUUAUAGAAAAAGGCAAAACUUCGUUCAAUCUUAAUCAUAGUUGUUUUAUUUGUGGAUUGCGUCGGACCGCAUUAUCUACCAUAUAAAAACAGGUGCCCACAAGUCGCUGAUAUACUGGGGAUUCCUAUCAUUUAUGUACAAACGUUUAACAACACAGUCGUAUAUGUGGAAUAUCUGUGAAACUGCUAUCUAUGUCAAAUUCUGUGACAUAUCAGUGAAACCGCUAUCACCGACAAAUUCUUUGAUAUAUCUGUGAAACUGAUAUCGCCGACACAUUCUGUGAUAUAUCUGUGAAACUCAAUUGUGUAGCUGUGAAACUAAGGUAUAUAUGUAAAACUCGGUGAUAUAUAUCUGAAACUAAGGUAUAUAUGUAAAACUCGGUGAAAUAUAUCUGAAACUAAGGUACAUAUGUAAAACUCGGUGAUAUUUAUCUGAAACUAAGGUAUAUAUGUAAAACUUGGUGAUAUAUAUCUGAAACUGUGGAAUUUAUGUAAAGCGGUGUUCUGUUUAUCUGUGAAAUUCACACGUAUAAAAGUGAAUGUGUAGAGAGAUACAACAAACACCGUUAUCUAUCCUACACAUUUCGAGAUGUCUGGACUGGAGGUACAGGGAUCAGUGACGAUGUCGUAGUGGGAACCUACACACAGUUACAAUGAAAGGGUUAGUGAUGUGCCCAGAAUUGGCCAAACGCCACAUUUUUAUAACGAAAAACAACAGUGACUCGUUCAAGUUGACGACAUACAGACGACAUCCGGGAACUAGCGUCGUCAUAUCCUGUAUUGCACCGGAAACACAUCGACUAAAGGGCGACCCCUUUUUAAAAUGUCUUCAUAACGGUCACUGGAACAAGCCAAUUCCUCGCUGUAUCCAUGGCAACGUCUGGGAUAGUCGAUUUAAGUCACCAUCCAAUGAUCUGACCAUCGCAGGUCACAGUCCUCAGAAAUCUGCCGGGGCUAUAUCUCAGACCGAGGCUCUACCGUACGUUAUCACUGUCUCCGUUCUCGCGUUCAUGUUCAUUGCACUCAUCGCCGCGAUCGUCUACCUGGCCUAUCUCCGCCGACGUCUGGAAACUUCUAUAAAGCAGGUAGAGGCUCGACCUGCGCAUGUCAGAGCUGUCGACAGUAUGACGUCACUGCCCACGACGACAUCAACAGCCUAUGACUUUUCCAUGAAUAUAGACGGCGCCCCGUACGUCUCUUCCUCCGGAACCAGUUCCCCUACGUAUGGCCCGGAUGUAGAGUACCCUCCGUGGAAUACGUAUCCCCGGCUACACCAGUCCAGACUAAAGUUGGAGACCGAGAGCACGUGCGGGUCAGUGCGAUACACCACCGUUUCUGACUACCUUGUGUACAAAUAGAUCCUAUGGGACAAGGGAAUUAUAACAGCAAGUGGACAAAGGUCUAGGAACACGUGCUUCAUUAUAAUCAACGAUACGCAAUAUGGUGAUAGCUUCAAACAGCGAGAGUUCUAAAAACGUCUCAACUUACUGUACAUUUCUAUUCAUUGUCAUUGUUGAACACACGUCUUUGACAAGGACAUGUGGCGGUAUUCCUUUACUUUCCAGAGCGAUGAGACGUUUAUCACUCCGUUUCUAUUGAUCUGUCUCACCUGGACUCUUGUAACUCUGGAGUGAUUUAUUGCAGACUUUCGGCACAUUUUAUCACUUCACAGUACAAGUGUUGUAAAUGUCAGCAGUGAAAAAAGCGGUAUAUAUUGUUAAUACACAGUGACUGUUCUGUUAAUACACGUGAAUACAUUGUUACAGUAUCUGUUUUUUAUGAUAUUUCUGUAUAAGUCUCUAUUAUUUGAUUUCCCCGGCAUUCGUCCUUACAACACCCAGAGCCGCUUUCGUUUAUCGCUAUACAAACGGUUGAACCGGUUGGACCAGAGUUGUUCGAUUAUGAAAUAAGAUCGAACCCAGUAAGCUGAUGCUGCUUUCAGGCGAGCCUCGACAAAGCCUUGUAAGGGCUGCAUAAACCUUUGCAGGUUUGCCAGGAAUUAUACCCGAAAAUGUUACAUUUAAAAACAGACAAACUGGUUGUUCAGCAUAAAUGUACAGGACUCGAUUUGUAAAAUUAUGUCGUACCAUUUCCAGUUACAUACUUUGUAUAAUUGAUGCAGGACAUGCAUUAUUUUCGUCUGUACAUUAUCCAGUCCUUACGCAAUGAAGUAAAGAUGUUCAAGCGUUAUUAUUUCUGAACUAAGUUGAGUUUAACAGUGUUUGGAUAUAUCACAGGGGCUUCACGUCCGAUCUGUAUUUUUGAUAUCUAACAAAAUGUCUACCUUCAAAGUUGGUAAAAUAGCAGUUAAUGUUGUAAGCAUACCAUCCAAUAUCUACAAGUUUCAGAAUCGACAUAAAUUUGAAUAUAGAUAGAGAUUGCAUGAACUGUUUCUCUUGCUUUGCAUGAAACUCAUUUUCUAUGAAGUACAAUACGUUUUAUUGUAAAUAUGUGAAACCAUACACUAUAUCAGCGUGUUAAUAUAACACGCGUUUAUUCUGAUAUUUAAAUGUAUAAUAACAUUCUAUAUAUAGAAGAAAAAACCAUGAUAAUUGACUUCCUUUUUCUAACGCGCAUGUAUGUGUUCAAUAAACAGGGUCGACAUACUCCUUAAUGAUGUAUGUACCACAGUGUACACGUAAGUGAUGUCAAUGUCAUUGGACGCCAACUGACAUUGCAUUCAUAGCGAUAUGAAUGCAUUAGGAGUGAGGUAGUUGUUAUAAUUGUAAAGUUAAUAUACUUCAUUAUGUAUAUUUUGUUGUGUAGUAUUUAUUUAUAUAUUCAUAACACUGUAAUAUCCCACUCAAUAAAU